AUGGACAACUUUCGAGACGGUACACGGCAAAACGCGCGGAGGAUCGAGGAAGACGAAUGGGAAAAGCACAAGGAUACGAUCCUGGAACUGUACGAGACAGACUCCGUCCAGAAGGUCAAGGAAUAUAUGGAGCGAAAGCACAGCUUCAAGGCGACAAAUCGCCAAUUCAGCCAUCGAAUACGCAAGGUCUGGGGAGUCACGAAGUAUAACAAGGGUAUACCAGAGGGACAGGACGCCACCGGUCAUCCACGACCCAAAGGGCAGCCGGCCAACGGCAGGCAGCUCCGCUCUGCGGUGGCAUCCUCAGGUGCACACCAUCCUCAAUGUGACAACCUGCCUCAUCACAACCACCCCGUGCAAUCUUCGGCGGCUGUUCGGGAACGUCAAGCUGCAAAGACGGCUGGCCAGUCAGCCCUCUCUUCUGCGCCUCAGGCUAGUCUCCCCCUGACACAAAAGCCGGUGUCUUACCUUGCGCACCUAGCCGCGAAAGACUCAGAUUCCAGGCUUCGACACCGCUGGCUUGCCGACAUGCUGCUUGCCCUAGGAGAUUCCCACCAUGCUUUCGACAUCGGCGCCGCGCUGUGGGAGGCUGAGCCAACGAAUGGGAUGCCACCUGCUCAUGACACUUUGCUGCACGUUGUCAGCUGUGUUCGCGCCGCCCGGACGCAGGAGCAAGCCGCAAGCUGCCGGCAGAUGUUGAACACCAUCGACAUCGGAGUGAGCAGAGACGAACAAGACGAGGGUUCUUGGAGGACCACUGUCAAGGAUCUCCUCUGCGCCCUGACAUACAGAUGCGAUACCGACGCCAUAGCGUGCCUCGGACAGAUCCAGGACACUAUCGACGACAUCGUCGAGGCCGACCAGGGGUCGUGGCGCCUCGAGCCGCUCAUCGCACGAGAGGGGCUGCGCUUUGACGUACCGGCCUACAUCCUCCUCAGCUCUGCACUAGAGUGGCACAAUGCGGUCCGGAAGGCUGAAGAAGAGGAGGUCGAAGACCGAGAAUUCGAAGGCCAAGAAGUCGACAUCCCAACUGUUUUGCAGCAGUUCGUCGACCAACAGCCCGCUGUUUGCGAGGGGCCUGAUGCCGACUUCUGCCUGCCUGUGUGCCUCAGCUGGUGCAUCGACAUGCUCAAGAGCGAUCCCAAGAUGCCUGCCAUCGCCUCCGAUACCCGCGCCACCAACGUCAACCGCAGCUCCGCGGUCUAUACCGUCCUAUGCGGGCUUUGGAAGACCUGGCUGGACUCGCGUCUACCUCCGUCUUCGUCCUCCCCUGCCUGGGCCAGCGACACCGAGUCCCAGCUGGGUAUCCCAGCAACCCAGCUGCUGUGCACAGUGGUGUGCAUGAUGAUGGCUGCUGUGCCACAGCAGAAGGAGGUGGAGGACGCCAACAACAUCCCCCUGGCUCAGAGAGCACUGGCCGGUGCGAACGCGCUUAAGUCCCUCGAUCGUAGGGAGCUUAUCUGUCGGUUCGUCGACCAGGUGCGGGCGAGUAACCAACCGCUGACGGGGCCGCCGAAGGGGGGGCACCUCCGUCUCCAGAAAAACAGCGUGGUCGAUGUCGAUGUCGAUGUCGAUGUCUCGGCGCUCAACCCCUUCCGCGAGUUUGUCGCUCAGUCGCUGGGGAUUGAGGAUCUCCCUGCGCUUGGGGAAGGAGCCGGCGUGUACCCUCUGGUUCUGGCCACGUCCUCGUGUGAGUUGACAUGA